CAUUCUGAUUACGGGUUGCAGUCGGUUUAAGAUUCCGCAGACUAAUCUGCAAGUUUUAUCAAAAUCAGCUCUUCGUACUCAGAAAGUCUUUUAGCCAAGAUUUUAUCAAAAAUACAUUGAAUGGGCAAGAUAAAGGAUUGAAUUUACAGACUGUAUUGUAAUAAGAAACUUCUAAGCGAGAAUAAAAACGACUUCAAGGAAAAUUAUUAUUGUGAUAAAGUGUUUCAGCGAUAACGUCGAUAAACAAAGUGUUCUCCAAGAAAUAAACUUUGAAAGUAUAUCAGAAUUUUUGUGUUAAAUCAGGAUUACGGAGAAAAGUGAUAUUUGAAGUACGGAAUAUAACAUUAGUGCAGAGUGAGUAGUUUUAGUUUUUAAGUGUUAGGAAAUUGUGAUUAUGUUGUAUAAAGUACCAGAUCAGGACGAGAACCAGUACCUUCAGAAAACGGAAGCAGACGACAACUACGAAAAACUGUAUACAAAACCGGAACCCGUCCAGGAUUUAAACUCUGGUUCACCUACAAUGUUCCAAUCUUCUGCACCGGCCAUGUCAACUUCUCCAACGUCAUCACCCACAUAUCAGGAUCCUCAAACAACGAACAAUCUUGGAUAUUCUAGUUCUAUGUACGUGCCAGGAUCCAGAUCUGUACUUCCGUCCAUGCAGUAUCUUAGCAACGGUAAUCAAGCAACUUCAGCCUCGUUUUGGGGGAUGCAGCAUUCGGACCUUGGAUACAGUCAUGCUCAUGGUUCCGGUAACGUUUCUCCCUUAGCUAAACCGUUCCCGUUCGAUCCGACUCAGAAUUCAACAUCUCCUACGUCACGUGCAGAGGGUAUGACAUAUCCAACUACAGGAGGUAUCGCCCGUCCGAACCCGUACCCUUCCUACAUGGGUGCCGACAUCUCUCCGUGGAGUAUGGCAAUACAACAGGGUCUCCAUAGAAUCGGGGCUGACGGCCAAGAAUACUUCGCCGAUAUAGAAGCGCGUGAAUGUGUCAAUUGCGGGGCUAUAUCCACACCUCUUUGGCGCCGUGACGGUACCGGACACUAUCUCUGCAAUGCCUGUGGAUUGUACCAUAAAAUGAACGGAGGUCUGAACCGCCCGCUGCUUAAACCACAGAAAAGAUUGAGUGAUGGCGAAUACCAAUCCUUUUACCCCACCCACCCUUACAUGACUGGCAUGGGCCCAUGGAUGAACAACGGCCAGUUCAUAAAUAGAGGAAAAAGUGCGUCUCGCCGGGUUGGGUUAGCUUGUGCCAACUGCCACACAACGACGACGACGUUAUGGCGUCGGAACAGUGAGGGAGAACCCGUAUGUAACGCAUGUGGACUCUACUACAAACUACAUGGGGUUAACCGACCACUGGCCAUGAAGAAAGAUGGAAUCCAGACAAGAAAACGUAAACCUAAGAAUCUGAAAUCUGCUGGCAAUAGCAACAGCUCCGACAACAACAGUGGUGUCAAGUCCGAACCUAGUGCAGAGAAACGCACGACUGUAUCGCCAACUCACGAAAACAGUGGUCCAAGAGAAGGUGUUGUGGAUGACUCUGUUUCCGGUUCCGGAAGAAUGCAUCAAAUGACGUCAUAUCCUGUUUCUAUAAAAUCUGAUCGGGAAAGUCCAAAAGAAGCUCACAAUGGAUAUUCUUCAUCUUUUCUUACUCUUACACCACCAAAAGCAUUAGGAGACAAUAUUGACAAAGAAGGACAUUAUCAGCAUUUGAGUGCGCAUGCGCAACAACUCUAUGCGGCUAGUCAGAACGCCGGACUAAAUAUGGGCAUUGUAGCCACAUAAAAAGUGUUAGAUUUUAAAUUACAUGUUUCAGCAUUACUGUGUAAAAAGUGCCUAAAAAGUGUUGACAAUCCGUGACAAUAAGUGCCAUAAUGUGUAUAUACAUAGAACUAUUUUCAUAGCCUAGAAAGUAGAUUUAGUUGAGAGUGAAUGAAAUGCAUGCGGCAUUUUUCAAAUGAUCUUCUAAGUUGUAGAUAUUUUUCAACUUUUUAAAAUAAAAUUUAACACUAAUAAUUAUAGAUUUCCGUGUGGACAGAACUUAAUUCUGUUUUAAUUUGAUAAAAUAUGAACUGACAUAAUAGCAAAUACGCCAAACAGCAGAUUGGGAAAAUGUAACUAAAGCCAGAUCUGCACAUGUACAGAAAUUGCAAAGAGGCUGUUUUAAGAUGUGUGAAAAUUGUCAUAAAUGUCUAUAUUAACAGUUUCAAGCAUACUUGCAGCUCAUAAUAGAAUUAGUUACUAUAUACUUAUUUUCAAUCUCUAUAUUUACAAAAAAAAGAUUUUGGCUUUUAUAUUUCCUAUGUACAGAAAUUCAAAUCGGGAUGCGCGACAUCAUUUGUGACGUCAUUGAAUGACAGUUGUCGCAUAUUACAAUUUGCGCUUGUCAAAAAUUAGGAUUUUCUUAAAUUUUAAAAAUUAUAGGGAUAGAUUCGAAUGUAAUUAAGUAAAUAGUAGCUUUACUGAGAGAAAUAUGCAGUCGUUCUUUAUUGAAGUAAAGUCACGCAUUAUCUCGUCUGCAGAAUUUCGUACAUAAUAUUUCUCAAACCUAUAAAUAUGACAGUUGUUUUAUACAUUUCUUUAUUUGUAACAUAAGCUAACAUGCAUGAGUUGAUGUUUAAAAUUGGUUUACAAAGUUACAUGUUUAAACUGAACGUUCUAAGUUAUGUAGAUUUCUACAAAAUAAAAUUUGAAAUAUGA